GGUGCCAGUGUGUGUGUGUCGGCCAGUGCCACAGAGGAGGGAGUGAGGGCCACCCCGAUCUAUCUUGUCUCCCCCCCCUCAUCUUGAGGACGCUCGGGCACCCCUAUAAACCACCUCUCACUAUGGACACCGACAAUAUCAACAGUGAGUACAGGAUGGGAGAUGACGCCGUGUACCGCAGCACUGUGGUGGCGCUGGAGGGCGACUCCCCGCGGCCUCCUGGAGGAGUGGCCUUCGUUAUCAAGAACAAAGUGGGACGGUGCCUGAGCAGGAAGACCCUCCACCGGCGCCUGCCGUGCCUGGGCUGGCUCCGGGGCUACUCCAGCGAGUGCCUUCUGGGGGACCUGGUCGCUGGCUUCACCGUCGGGCUCAUGAUCAUACCCCAGGCGCUCGCUUACGGCAUCGUCGCUGGCCUGCCCCCUAAUUAUGGGCUGUACUCAGCGUUCAUCCCCUGCUUCGUGUACUUCCUCCUGGGGUCGACGAUGGAGCUGAACAUCGGGCCGACGGCCAUCAUGGCACUGAUGACCUACCAGUACACCAGCCACGGCGGGCCGGACUACGCCGUGCUCCUCGCCUUCAUCGCCGGCGUCAUCGAACUCGUCGCCGGCGUCAUCAACCUGGGGUUCCUGAUCAACUUCAUCUCUCAGCCAGUCAUCAGUGGGUUUACCUCAGCUGCUGCCAUCACCAUAGCCUCGUCCCAGCUCAAGCCGCUGUUUGGUCUUCGAGUUGACACCAAGGGGCUGAUCAACACCUGGGUGGCGGUCUUUUCCAACAUCCAAGAUUUCCGCUGGCAAGACCUCACCCUUGGCCUUGCCUGUACAGUCAUUCUCUUCCUUCUGAAGGAGGUACGCACAGUGCGAUGGCCAUGUGUGGACCAUAACAGCCGAGGUCUGGGCCAGCGUGUCUUAAGACAGAUGGUCUUCUACCUGUCUGUUGGCCGUAAUGCUAUAGUUGUUAUCAUUUCUUCUGUCAUCGCCUAUAUCCUUGAUGGGGAUGACCAGCCCUUCACAAUUACAGGUUAUGUGGAACCUGGAAUCCCAUAUGCAUCUCUUCCGCCUUUCUCAACGGAGAUCAACAAUCAAACUAUAACAUUUCCAGAGAUCAUGAGUGACAUUGGCAUUGGUGUGGCAAUGGUCCCAUUCAUUGCUAUUCUUGAUCUAAUUGCCAUUGUCAGUGUAUUUGCUAAAGGCAGAACCUUUGAUGCCACACAGGAGAUAAUUACUUUAGGCAUUGCCAAUGUAAUUGGGUCCUUCUUUGGCUCGAUGCCUACAACAGGGGGUUUGUCACGCUCGGCUGUUAAUCUGACCAGUGGCGUGCGGACUCCUGCUGGUGGACUCAUCACUGGCAUCAUGGUACUCCUCUCUCUUGCAUUCCUCACACCAUGUUUCACUUACAUUCCAAAAUCAACCUUGGCGGCAGUGAUCAUAUGCGCCGUGAUACAUCUGAUUGAUUACGGGAUCUUGGCCCCUCUCUGGAGAAGCAAGAAGGUCGAUCUAGUACCUCUUUUUGUCACCUUCAUUGCCUGUCUCGUAUGGGGACUGGAGUGGGGGAUUCUUUUGGGCAUUGGCGUCAAUCUGUCCAUGCUGCUUUAUUCCAUUGCCACACCUACCAUCAAAGUUGCCCUUGUGCCCCCUGGUAAACAUCAUGGAGGAUAUGUUUUAGUUACUCCAUCCCACGGCAUUAGCUACCCCAGUACAUGCCACAUCCGCGCUGCCAUCAGAAAGGCUGGGCUCAGGCAGGCUGGUGGUUCUCUUCCCAUUGUCAUCGACUGUUCCUUCAUUGAUACUGCAGACUAUACGUCAGCGAAGGGGAUCAAAGGGAUGAUAGAUGACUUCCAGUUACGAGGGCAGAUCCUGGUGUUUGUUGGCAUGAAGCCACGUGUCCUCCAGAUCAUCGGAGCUCUUCAUGAGGGCAUUGUUGUUUGUUCCUCCUUUGAUGCUUUGCCCGAGGCUUUGGCAGAUGGGGAGACGGAAGUGGGACUCGACAGUGUCAAUGGUGACGGACGACACCACGGAGGAGAUAUAAUCAUCUCUACUAUGAUAUCCACCCCUACAUCCGAUACCAGUGAUGCAGCUAACCCUCUGCUCACCACCACAGCUUUCCAUGACCAGAAGUAGCAUAACUUUACAGCUGUUUUGACUACAAGCGAGAAAUCUUACUCUGUCAAAGGGAUAGCAAACUGUCAAACAAAUAAAGUAGCCUGCCUUUAACAUUCCAAUACUAGCAACCCGUGUGCAUAUUUUACCCAUUCCUGUCGUCUCCGGAAACAAGCUUAAUAUCGCCAGUGUCUCAGACUCGACGGGUUGUGUAAAGUGAGUGACUGCAAUAAUAAUUCCUAAGACAGUACUAUGCAGGCCACUUUAGAUUUCAUUGACAGUUAUGUUUUUACAUUAUUGUAACCAAGGACAGGAUGAAAGUAUUUACAUUUUCAUAUUUACAUUCUACAAUUUAAAAUGUGCAGUGCAGAGCACAUUUCAUAUUACAUUCCAACAAACCAUACUUCAGCACUUAAUCAUGGCCUUCCCACAUAUUAAUCAAAGAAAGCUAUACUUUGUAGAAUCCAGGUUUAUACAAAACAGUGGUGAUGACUCAGUAUUCUGGAAUCCAGAAACCUGAAGGAAAUAAAGAAUGGACUCCCUUGACAAUGACACAUAUCAGUAUAAUUGGUCUUUCUCAUUUACGCACUAUAGCCCAUGUCUAGGAGUGUUGAUGAUUCUUGAUAAUGGCCUACAGUGUCUCAUAAUCUGCUUAUGCCUCACAAGCAACUAUGCAAAGUUGUAUUGUUCUCUUAGUGGAAAGCAGCUAUUUACUGUGACUUGUUGACCGCAAUAACUAACUGAACACAAUUUUAUGAGAUUUAGUAUGCUUAAGUUCUGUUACAACAUAAAUAUCAUGACACUUGACAAACUCACCAACUACUUUGUAAAUACAUUUUUCAUGGGUGUCAGACUUAAUUUACAUUAGAAAUUAGUUAUAAGUGUUAGAAUAGAUACAUUGUUUAUUUCUCUUAGACCCAAGUUUUCUUUGUAGGGUUUCAAUGUAAGGAUCAAACACAUAAGGGCAAACUUGAUCUUGUUUCAAUGUGGUCUACAAAAUUCAUCUUCCAUUUCAUUAUUUUCUCACACAUGCAGUUCAUAUAAAUAUCUAUUUUUAAGUUAGGAAAUUUUACAUACAUGUCCUUGAGCUGGAAGAUUGUUAUCAGAGUUGAAGACUGUUAUUGGAUCUUUUCUGACUACAGUCCUGAGACCUUGCUUAACAAUAUAGGUAUAGGUAUUUGGGAGUGUGCUAGUGUAGUGUCUAGUGAGUCAGAAUCCAUCAUUCACUAAAAGUUGCACAACAAGUGGGAGCGCCAAUAAAAAAAAGCCAACCAAACCCUGGAAAUAAUCAAGUGUACUUUUACCUUCAAGGAAAAGAAAGCAGUCGUUCAAUUGUAUAAGUCUCUGGUGCGCCCCCACCUGGAUUAUUGCAUCCAGGUGUGGAGACCUCAUCUUCAGAAAGACAUAGCUGCUAUGGAGAAGGUGCA